AUGUCUGACAAAGGGAAAUUUGUGGCCUCUAACACGGCUAAUGCUUCCCACUCUAAGAAGCAUGAUGAUGCAAAUGUUGUGAUUGAUCUAGAGGAUGGUAGCUCUGAUGAUCAAGAGGAAAGCUUGAUUCAUCAUAUAAAGCCAAGUGUGGCUAAACGCAUGAAGACUCACAAAGGAAAAUUUGUGGCUGAACUUAUGUCAGCUAGAGAAGCUAAGAAGACUGAUGUCAUUGGUCCCUCCAAACCAUGGAGCAAGGUUGAAAUAAAGAAGAGGAAGGUCAAAGAUGAUUCUGAGCCUGAAGAGGAUGUUGAGGAAGAUGUCUCUGACAUUUCGCCUGCAAAGAAAACUACUGUUAGGAAGUCUCUUGUUAAAAGAAGGGUAGCUGUGGAAAGGGAAUUGGGAAAAGAUGUUGCUGAUAUGAAGGAAGUCAUGGACCUGAUACAAGCUGUUGGGCUUUUGAAGACUGUUGUUGGGUUCUCUCAAUGCUACGAAGGUUUAGUCAAGGAAUUUAUUGUUAAUAUUCCUGAGGAUAUUUUUGAUAAGAACAGCAAGGAUUUCUGCAAGGUGUAUGUGAGGGGCAGAAAUAAUGAGGGUGCAGGAGAAUUAGAGGUUACAGACAAUCAGCAUCUUCCUGCUGGGAAGUUGACUAUCAAGUAUGCUAUCCUGCAUAAAAUAGGAUCUUCUAACUGGGUCCCUACCAACCAUAUCUCCACCAUUGCUAAUACUCUUGGGAGGUUUAUUUUUGCUGUUGGGACAAAAGUGAAAUUUGACUAUGGUAGAUAUAUGUUUGAUCAAAUCAUCAAGCAUGCAACUACUAAUGCAGUUAAGCUGCCAAUUGCUUUUCCCUCUAUGAUUUGUGGAAUUAUCUUGAAUCAAAAUCCUGGUAUUUUAUGCUCAAAUGAUUUACCUAGUAGGAGAAAACCAGCUCUGUCUGUGCACUACAAACUCUUUGAAGGGAGUCAUGUCGAGGAUAUUGUCAUGACAUCUGCCAUGAGGAGGCCAGUCUCAAAAGUUGGAGCAAUUGCUGAGCUUAAGGAGACAUGCAAAGAGCUAGGUGAAGGGAUUAGGGUAGCCACAGCUAGAAAACAAUCUUUGGAAGCCUUGAUUGAAAGCUUGGAGCAGGCUGAGGGUGAAAAUGUUGAACAUGCUAAUGUCAGCCAUGAAGAAGAAGCUGAAGCCCACACCUCUAGUGAGAGGUCUGCUAACAAUGAUGAUGCGAGUGGUAAUUCUGCUUCUGGUGCUGCUGAAGAGGCUGCAAACUCAAGCUCUACUGAGUAG